GAGCUGAGCCUCAGGGCACUAGGAGGGCAUCCCUUGUGGAACUCACUACCUUAACCACAAGGCUGCCCAGAGAUGUCCAGGAGGUAGCUUCUAGGCAGGGGCUAAGGGAUUCUGCUUGUCCCUGAGAAGAAACCUCCUGGAACCUAAGCUCUUCUAAUGCCUGGUUAGACUCUCAAGUACCAUGCCCGCCCCAGUAAAUUGGCGGCCCAAGGGACUGAAGUUGAUUGCUCAGGAGGACACUCCCCGUCACCAUAACGUGCUUUCAUUCCUCUCUGACCUUCCUGCACUGAGUCAGGCUGACCCCCAGCUAGACUCCAUGUGCUUAGAGACUUCAAAUUCCAUUAUCAUGGGCUUCCUGGUAAUGUUGCUAAGGAGAGCGGCCCAGGCAUCAGUACCAGGUGUUGGGCCCAUCAGACUAAUGAGAAAAUGAAAAGCAAAAGAACAACCUCCUGGACGAGGAAAAGUCUUUUUCCAAUAAUUUUCCCUUCAGCACGAGGCGAGGGAGCCUGCACCUAGAGUCCAAGGUCCAGGCCUCCGGUCCACCACCAAGUUCCCUGGCGCUGCGCCUCCAGGAGGGCGGGGCGCUGCCACUUCACUGUGUCUUCCCAGAAGCCACCGCGUGACUCCUCGGAGAUAAAAAGGCGGGAGUGAGGCGGCGUUUCCAGGCCAGCGUGGGGGUCGGCGCUUUGGGCCUGUUGUUUUUUUCUCACCUCUUUCAUUUCUCUCGGGCUGCCCCGCAGGCCAGGCUUGGAUGCUGGUUCCCUCCGGCGUAGCUCGGUUCCUCAGGAAGAAGACGAGACAGGCCGUCGAGGGCCAAGAGCCCUCCGAGGCCUGGCGGUGGGGUGGCAAUGUGGUCACUACGGGUCUAUACGCGCAAAAAGCGGGCCAGCCGUAGGCUCAACCUAACCCCAGCGCCAGAUCUAGGUGCCCCGGCUAAGGUGGAGGCCCCGUCAGGGCCCGGCCGGAAGCUCUCUGCCCACUGUAAGCGCCGUGGGGCUGGCCUACGGAGUGGGACGCGGGGUGGGCUGGGCCUCGGCCCCAGGGACCUCCGAGGCCCGCGGGCAGGCCUCCAAGGCUUUUGCCCUGAGGCUUGUCACCCUCUCUUAGGCCUGAAAAGAAGUGGCAAAACGCGCAGUUUGCAGAGAAUCACGGAGAAAUCAGAGAGGAGUCGGCUGGGAGGUAGCAGCUCUGGGCCCCUGAGCACUCAGUUUAGAGGUACAGGAGAGAAAAGCCUGCAUGAAAAUAGCACUAGUGAAGAAGCCCAGGAUGAGAAGAUUGCUCCAUUGAGUGAGUCAGUGACACAUGAUCUCCAGGUUGAUAGUUUAUCAAAUAGUGAACGAGUAUCAGGACUAAGUUUACAGCAUGAUAUUUCUAGCUCUCUUCUAAGUUACUCAAUCACAGACUCCUAUACAGAAUACAAGAGUUUUGAAGAGAGUUUAAGUAGCUUCCCAUCGCCUGAACUCUUCAGAGGAUCAGAUUAUUUAGAUUGGGAGUGUCCCAUGUUGGAAGAAAACCUGCUGUGUAAGAAUUCCACUCUUUUGGACACCAGUAAAGCAGUACCGAUAGAGAAGGCACUACAGUUUUCAAACCUCUCUGCAAUUUUAGGUACCUCUUCAGAAGACUAUCAGAAAUGCCAUAGAAAAGUCAUGAUGACGUUAGCAGACCAAAGUAUUUCUCCAAAACCAAAGAGUACUUCAAAUUCAGAAUCAGAUAAUGCAUCUUGUGGAGUUUUACUUGCUGAGAAAAAUUACCCUUCAACCCCUCAAAAAACAAAGAAAAAAAACACACAUUCCAGUACUUCUGAUAAGAAAAACAGAGGCCUGUUAACAAGUACUCCAUCUUCACAAACAGCUGGUUUAAUGAUUGAUUUGUCCUCAGUGCAAAAAACAUCUUUUGAAGAACUGUUUCCAAAUGUCAGCAAUUAUGUUAAUUCAAAGGAAAUUGUUCCUGUGUCAACUUUGCAAGAAAAUUCUUCAAAUGAGUUUCCUUCAAAUACAUCAGAAAUAUGUUGUAUUAUUAAAGCGUCACCAGGAACUAGACAAGUGGAAAGUAAAGCUGUUACUGUAAGGAAGAAGAAAUAUUCUUUUCCUAAAGAUACUCCUCAAGAUAUUAUAAUAAAAACAAGUGGCAGGAUGUAGCAGCUGUGGCUGAAUUUUCACUACUUUGAAGACUUGAAUGUGAAGUCAAAGUCCGUGAAGCAGAAUGUCUGCCUAAAAUUACAUGAAAUUCAAAAAUCAAAAUUCUCUGAUUAUUUGUGAUAUAUCCUGAUGUUGAAAUUCUGUUGAGUCUUAUAAAUUACUUUU